AUGAGCCAUCUGGAUUGUCAGGGUGUGUUUAAUCUUACACUGAAGCCAAAUCCUGAGACUAACAAGGGGCCAUGGGUGAUUGAUGCGUUCAGCUUUCAGUAUAAAUCACCGUGGGACAUAACGUUCAGCUCCAGGGAGAUCGCUCUGAAGUUCUCUUUCCCGUCCCUCAUUUCAAGCCCAGGAUUGCUUUCUCGAAUUCCAACACCAGGCCUGGAAUCUGACGGCAAAACACAUUUCAGAUUGGAUCCAAAUAAAACCAAACAAGGCCUCCAUUCUACAGUUAAGCAGCUCUUCGAUUUCUCAGAAGCUUCCAGCAAACCACCUACGCUCGUUGCAGAUUGGAGAACUACACUUGUAGUCCAAUCGGAGCCUCUUGACGCCUCAGCAGCUGGAAAACGGAACGGCCUUUGGAUCCGCCCUUCAAGACCUUUGCAGACAAGUAUUCGUCUACAAUUUAGUCUCGAUAACGCUGAUGUCAACACAUUCAAUAAGGCAAUGACACCCGCUCUGACUGGAUUCACGUUCGAUAAUCUUGAUGUCAUCUGCAAGAAGGCAGUUGUUCUCGCUGACACUGAUGAUGGCAAUCAGCCCAUAGCUCAGGGCAGCGUCAUAUUCCAUACAAAAUGCACCAACGAACCAAAAGAGACAUCUAAAGUGCCAGUCAUCGCUUCUGUCAGUUUCCAACAAGGAAGCUACAACAUCACCGUCCAACUCAGAACCAAAGACGACUCUGGAGGCAACUUAUCAUGGCUUAUGGGCUUGGUUCCAAGUCUAGCCUUGAAGUUCAUCAUCCGGAUUGGGCUCAGUUGUGAUAGCAAAGGACAAAACACCAAGCUGAAGAGCUUUUCUUUCGACAUUGAGGUUGAGGCAAAGUUUUGUACGACCAAGACCGGUGCAGGUAACCCUGCUAUGGCAGAUUUGAAGUCGGCUAAGAAAAAGGCCAGUAUCUCAGACGUCAUUAAGGGUAUUCUAGGCGACGAUAGUCUAAAGCUCCCUGGCUUCCUCGAUAACAUGGCUUUUUGCAAUGAGAAGAACAGGGCAAUCCACAUCGAAGUCAAGGAGAAUGUCAUCAAUGAGGAGCCAGAUAAGGAGGCCGAUAAAAAGGCCCUGGAGAAGCAAACAUCAAGUGCUAGGAAGAACGGUUCUUUCCAGUUCAUUGCGACUCUCACUCUGGGAGACAUAAAGCUUGCCUUGUUAAACUCCACCAACUUGACUGGGAGUUGA